ACAGAAUAAAAACACACACACACAGUGUUCCCUAAUCUCUCUCUCUCUUCCUUCAUCAGGCGUGUACAGUCUCAUUAUGCUCUGUUCUCUCUCUCCCUAAAAUCAUCAUCAGUUAUCCAUAACUCCUUGUCUCCAUUGUCUCCUUCUUCAUUCUUUUUUGCUUUAUCAUCAUCAAUCCCCCCCACCCCCACCCCCCCGGCGCCCCCUUCUCUGUUUUCCCUUCAGCUUUUGACUCUUUCAUAACAGACAAUAAAGACAUUCUUUCAAUCAUUUUUCACCCCACUCCUUCAUUCUCCCCUGUUUUUUUCCUUCACGUUCUGCCGUUGCUUGGCUCUAUAAAAUAAGGUCCAUAAUGGAUAGAUAUACCUAUCAAAAAGAGAGGGAGAUUUCUCAUUCUUCGAAUCCGUCUUUCUCUUCAACCCUUCUUGACGCAAUUUACCGGUCAAUUGAUCAAGGUGAAGAGGAGAUUGUUCUCUCAAUGCGGAAGAAACAGAGCAGCAACAACAACAUGGAGAGUUUUCAAAAAGCUUGUAUGAUUGAGAAAUGGAUGGAGCAUAAAGUAAGUGAAAAAGUUGUUGUUCGAAGGAAAUCUAUUGCAGAUUUCGAGAGGAAAUCGAGGAAUUUGAUGAAUUCGAGCUCGAGUUCUUCAGAUUCGAGCUGCGGUGGUGUGUUUUCUUCUUCCGAAACUGAAUCCAGUUACCCUAAUGUAGUCAAUUCAUCUGGAUCUUCUUCGUCUUGCUACGGUCUAAACAGACCUAAACCCAUUCGAACUUCCAUUUCAGCUCCAAAACCAGAAAAAUUCAACAAAAACAAUGCUAAACAGGUCAACAAUUACGGCGAUUUCCGCCAUAAUCAACUCCACGUGGAAAGAGAUUUCGCUCCAAAAACCAAAAGUGAAACUGGCUUUGUAAAGACGAAAUCAAAAGCUUUGAAGAUUUACGGAGAUUUGAAGAAAGUGAAGCAGCCAAUAUCUCCUGGAGGUAAAUUAGCAAGCUUCUUGAACUCGCUUUUCACUCCAGGGAAUGCGAAGAAACCUAAAGUUUCUUCAAAUUCAGGAAACGCAUCGUCAUCCACUUGUUCCUCAGCCUCUUCGUUUUCCAGAUCAUGCUUGAGUAAAAGUACACCAAAAUCUAGCGGCAACGGUACCAAACGUUCUGUUAGAUUUUACCCGGUGAGUAUAAUAGUAGACGAAGAUUGUCAGCCAUGCGGACACAAAAAUCUGUACGAUGACAAAAUACCCAACACAGAACAAUCCGUUAAAAACAUCAGAAACUCCGUUAAUGAAGAGCUCAAAUUCCAUGCUAUGGAGAAAAAUCGUCGAGUUGAGGAAGCAGCCAAAGAUUUACUGAGAAAUUCUCAAAUAAAGAAUAUGGAGAUUUUCGAUUACGAGGAUGACGACGACGAUGAUGCGGCUAGUUGUGCAAGUUCAGAUUUAUUUGAACUUGAUAAUCUUUCUGCAAUUGGAAUUGAUAGUAAUAGGUAUCUUGAAGAAUUACCAGUUUAUGAAACUACUCAUCUUGAUACUAAUCGAGCCAUUGCUAAUGGUUUGAUUUUGUAAUAAAAAGUUGGUUAGAGUGUAUUAUUAUCGUUAACUAAUGUAAUUUUUGUAAUUGGUUUGAUUGGGGGUUUACAUUCGAGAGAAAUGAAAUUUCUUCUCUAAAUUA